GGAGGUGGAAAAGCUUGAUGGAAAAUAGAAUAGUACCCUCUUUAUGAAGAAUCCUAAUGUACCACAUGACAUGCUGUGUUAUUACUGCCGUUGAAGAAUUUUUAUUUAAGUUUGUAUUUGGUUCUCACGGUAUUCUAUGUUGCUGACUAUUCUGUCUCUGCUUUUAGAUCAUGGUCGGGCCUGGGCACCGGAACAGUCAUGGAAAGCGGCAGUCUGAUUAUGCUGAAAAUGGAGGUGGCAAGAGAAGAAAUCCUGGUGAUGAUACAUAUGCUCCUGGUCCAGAUGACACUGUCUAUCGCUACCUUUGCACGUCUAGGAAAAUAGGGAGUAUAAUUGGGAGGGGUGGAGAAAUUGCCAAACAGCUGAGGAGCGAUACUCAAGCUAAGAUUAGGAUUGGUGAGAGUGUACCUAACUGCGAUGACCGAGUCAUAACAAUAUUUAGCUCAAGCAGGGAGACUAAUACCAUUGAAGAUACCGAAGAUAAGGUUUGCGCUGCUCAAGAUGCUCUCUUUAGGGUUCAUGAGAAGCUUGCCACAGAUGAUGGUCCUGUGAACGAAGAAAAUGAAGAGGGUUUAGGUCAACUUACUGUUCGGUUGCUUGUGCCAUCUGAUCAGAUUGGAUGCAUUAUUGGAAAAGGUGGGCAUAUCAUCCAGGGAAUCCGCAGCGACACUGGUUCACAAAUACGUGUUCUUAGUAAUGAACACCUUCCUGCAUGUGCUACUAGUGGUGAUGAACUUCUCCUGAUAAUUGGGGAUCCGAUGGUAGUUAGAAAAGCUCUUCUCCAAGUGUCAUCUCGCCUCCAUGGCAACCCAUCCAGGUCACAGCAUCUCCUUGCGUCCAGCUUAACCCAACCUUUUCCAGCGGGAUCCCGCCUUGGUAGUUCCUCUACUGCACCAGUUGUAGGGAUUACUCCUAUGGUUAGUCCUUAUGGACGAUACAAAGGUGAUAUGGUGGGAGAUUGGCCUUCUAUAUACCAACAACGGAGGGAGGUGAGCUCUGCAAAAGAGUUUAGCCUGCGUGUGCUUUGUGCUGCGGCGAAUGUCGGAGGUGUAAUUGGAAAAAGAGGUGGUAUUAUCAAACAGAUUAGGCAAGAAUCUGGAGCUUUUAUCAAAGUGGAUAGUUCGAGUGCUGAAGAUGACUGCAUAAUUACAGUUUCAGCAAAGGAGUUCUUUGAAGAUCCUGUCUCUCCAACAAUCGAUGCUACAGUCCGUUUACAGCCAAGAUGCAGUGAGAAAAUUGAUGCAGAAUCGGGGGAGCCAUCAUAUACUACACGUUUGUUGGUGUCGACAUCACGGAUAGGGUGCCUGAUCGGCAAAGGUGGUUCAAUCAUUACGGAGAUACGAAGAACAUCGAGAGCAACCAUACGAAUCAUUUCGAAGGAGGAUGUUCCAAAAGUAGCAUCGGACGACGAAGAGAUGGUCCAGAUCAGCGGAGAUCUUGAUGUUGCAAGGCAUGCUCUUGUGCAAAUAACUACAAGGCUGAAAGCCAACUUCUUUGAAAGAGAAGGUGCUUUAUCAGGUUUUCCACCUGUGAUCCCAUAUCACCCUUUGCCUGCUAGUGUGUCCGAUGAGCCAAAGUAUCUAAGCAGAGACAAUAAGUCUGCUGGGCACGAUUAUCCAUAUUCUAGUGGAUAUCAUGCAUCAGACGAUGUGCUUCCUGUUGACCGUUAUGCAAAUUAUGGCAGCUCCCAGGUCUACGGAGGCGGCUAUGGUGCUUACAGUGGUGGUUCUGGCAGCAGCGGGUUAUCUGGCUCUACCUAUCUUUCAUCUGGAAAACGCUAUGGCUAUUAAAAUGCAGGUUGUUGAAUCCAACAGUCACCCUGUAAUCAGAUACGGUGCUUCACAAUCCCAAAAAGGGCCCAUCCCAGCUGGAUUGGGAUAGCACAAUCCCAAAAAGAGCCCAUCCCAGAUGGAUUGGGAUAACAGCAUCCCAGCUGGAUUGGGAUAACACCGCAUGCCGUCUCACUUGUCCCAACCUUCUCCUCACCAAGAGGCCUGAGGCCCAGAGACCCUGAGCAGCAGCGAUGACGCCGCAGCAGGCACCUGCGCUGGAAACCUCCUUGCUCUUGUCUGUCUCCUUUCGCCCACCGACGAAUCUAUAGAAUCCAGGAUGCUAAAUCUUGGAUUCAUUUGCCAAUCGAUGUACCAACAGCCUCUGGACCAGGAGAGAUCUUCUCUGUAUGCGUCUGUGUUCAUCGAUCUGGCCUUUUUUGUGUUGGUUCUGGAUCAAUCUGCGUUUGUUUUGUUUUGCUCUGGUGCUGGAUCUGGGGGAGCCAGCGGAGGUCUUCUUUUCUUCUCUUUUCAGGCGUCCUGAGCUAUCCUGCGUCAGAGCUGUGUUGUAAUGGGAAAACAAACCUUCCUUGAACCAAACAGAUUGUGUAAUCACAGAGACCAUCAGCUAAUGCAGUGUAUCUUGAUUAUAACACCCAAUACAUUGCCAGUCCUGAAGCAAACUGGUUGAUAAUUUACCUAUGGAACAACUUUUGGCAUGGUUGUCUGAAAGUACCAACCUUUGCUUGAGAUUCUUAAACGCCUUAACAUGCCAUAGGUGCGCACAUGAUCAGAAUGCCAUUUGACAUGCAUUUGUUGCACCAAUGGAGUAUUGGCAAGUUACGAGAUUGUGAUUAGGUAUCAUCAUGUUGGAUAAAUUGUGCUGCAUUUUGUCCAGAGGUGUGUGCACUCUAGAUUUGAGUUUGUGUUUGGAGCAUUUUCUUUAUUCUUGUUAACCAGGAAGGCGCAGGAGCAUAUACACAAUCAUGGAGCUAGAGACAGGCCGUUGCCGACAUACUUUGCAUUGGUUAAGUAAACAUUUCCAGCUUGUUUAUUGGACAUACUUUGCAUUGGUUAAGUAAACAUUUCCAGCUUGUUUAUUGGAAAUAGGCAGCAACAGGGUCAUGGUUGUAUCGUGCUUCUUAGGUCUUUCUACCAGUCUUCGUAUGUUUAUUUAUUAUGCAGUGUGUAUUCAAUUU